CUCACGCGCUUCUUCUGCUGGCGGAAAGCUCAACUCCAGUCACACAACCGGGAUCCACAAACGUCCUCUCUACAGUUUGCUCCCUUUCGACUCUUUCACUAAUUUGUUACUUUAUUUUGGAAAGGGAGACUGACUCCCUACCUGUGACGCUCGAUGAAUUCUGCGGGGAGAGUCACUUUGUUUUUGCUUUUAAUUGUCCUGAUAACGCAAGAUUGUUUCUCAUCUAAAGGAGAAGACAGGUUGUUUCGUCGUUUAUUCAGGAGGUAUAAUCAGUUCAUUCGGCCAGUGGAAAAUGUGUCUGACCCCGUCACAGUGGAGUUUGAGGUCUCUAUCUCACAGCUUGUUAAAGUGGAUGAAGUCAAUCAAAUCAUGGAAACAAAUCUGUGGCUGAGACAUAUAUGGAAUGACUACAAGCUGAAGUGGUCACCUGCAGAGUUUGAUGGAAUUGAGUUCAUCAGAGUACCAUCAAAUAAAAUCUGGAGGCCUGACAUUGUACUUUACAACAAUGCUGUUGGGGACUUCUUGGUGGAGGACAAAACCAAAGCUCUUUUGAAAUAUGAUGGAACCAUCACUUGGGUCCCUCCUGCAAUCUUCAAAUCAUCCUGCCCUAUGGACAUCACGUACUUCCCUUUUGACUAUCAGAAUUGCUCUAUGAAGUUUGGUUCCUGGACCUAUGACAAGGCCAAGAUUGACCUGGUACUUAUUGGCUCAAAGGUAAACCUUAAAGAUUUCUGGGAGAGUGGAGAGUGGGAGAUCAUUGAUGCACCCGGUUAUAAACAUGACAUCAAGUACAACUGCUGUGAAGAGAUCUACCCAGACAUAACCUACAGUUUUUACAUACGGCGACUGCCCCUCUUCUACACUAUCAACCUUAUUAUUCCCUGCCUCCUCAUCUCCUUUCUGACAGUACUCGUCUUCUACCUUCCAUCAGACUGUGGUGAGAAAGUGACAUUGUGCAUCUCUGUACUCCUCUCUCUUACUGUGUUCCUUCUUGUCAUUACGGAAACCAUCCCGUCCACUUCACUCGUGAUCCCUCUGAUAGGCGAGUACCUUCUCUUCACAAUGAUUUUCGUCACCCUCUCUAUUGUCAUCACCGUCUUUGUACUGAAUGUGCACUAUCGCACCCCUAUGACCCACACUAUGCCUUGCUGGGUCCGUACUGUCUUUCUCCGAGCUUUACCCCGCAUUAUGCUCAUGCGCCGACCUCUCGAUCUAUCAGAGUCUUCUGGAAAAGGAGGACUAGAAAGUGGGGGCUCGUCCGGGACUGGAGCAGGAAGAGGAGGAGAGGGAAAGAAGAGGAAAAACAGUGGAUCUCAGCAGGGAGCAAUGAACUCUUUGGAAUUUGGAGAAGGGAAAGCAGCAUUAGAAGGCAAGAAAGGAGGAUGCCCAUGUCACCCAAUGAAAGAGGCAACUGAGGGGGAUUGUGGGAAAGUGAGUCGUCAGUUGAAUCCACAGGCUAUUAACACAGUUGUGGCUUUUUCUGUGGUGUCACCGGAGAUCAAACAGGCUAUUGAGAGUGUGAAGUACAUUGCUGAAAACAUGAGGAGCCGCAACAAAGCCAAAGAGGUGGAGGAUGAUUGGAAAUAUGUUGCCAUGGUGAUUGACCGCAUCUUCCUUUGGGUCUUUGUGCUGGUGUGUGUGCUGGGAACUAUGGGCCUCUUCCUGCAACCUUUGAUUGGCUUCUUCUCAUAAUUAACUAUGCCAGCUUGCCUGUUCUAACUGACAUGCUCUAUAUGUA